AUGAUGGGCAAACUCUCUUUGCUGGAACUCAUUGGGUUUUCUUGGAGGAUUUGGAUCCAGCUCACAUGGCCUAGUCAACUCAGCAAUGGCUGCAUAAGAUCAUCUCUGCCUCGUAUUGGCCCUCAGGAAGUCCUGAUCCAACCCACUAGAUUAUCGGUUUUGAUCCGAACUAGAGAUGAUGGCAUACCACAGAGAACACCCUAA